AUGGGCGAGGCGAGAGCUGAGGGGUCGAGGGACAUGACUUGGUUCCCCAAGGGGAAGGAUAGGUCUCGCGCGAGGGCGAGAGAUGGGGCAGUGGUAUACCCGAAGGCAGGGACAGCGGUCUGUAUCAGGACAGAGGAGAGGACAGCGACGAGGGCCGAGAAGGACGCGGCGAUAAACAGGGAGGCGGCGAAGAUCAUAACCGCGGAUGCACAGGGCAUGAGGGGCAGCAGAAGUAACGUGAACUGA